AUGUUUCUAAGUUGCAAACCACCAGAGUUUGUAGGGUCAGAUGAUCCCGUGGCAUGUAUGAACUGGCUGCGAGAGAUCGAGCAAGCCUUCCGGACUUGUGACUGCGAUGAGGGGCAAAAGGCGAAAUUUGGCUCCCAAAUGCUAAGGGGUGCAGCCCAUACGUGGUGGAACAUUGUCAUAUCGACCGUAGAGGUUACGGAAUUAGCCAAGAUGAGUUGGGCCACGUUUAAGGAAAAGGUGUUGGAGGAAUAUUGCAAUGAGCAGGAGAUGGACCGCAUCGAAGAAGAGUUUCAAACCCUAAAGAAGGGAAACUUGUCGGUGAGGGACUACACACGACUCUUCAUGGAAAAACUAAAUUUGGUGGGACAUGUGGCCCCAACGGAGAAAGAAAAAAUGAAGGCUUAUUUAAAAUGGUUGCCCGCAGACAUGAUGGUAAUGGUCAGAAAUUCCAGAGCCUCUACCCUUAAAGAGGCAAUCGAAGAGGCAAAGAUCAUGGAGUCAGUGUUCAGCAAAAGGAGAGAGGAGAAAGCAGCUAGUAGUGAAAAAAGGAAGUGGGAAGGUCAUCAUGCACCUUCCAAGAGACCAAACCAUCUCAACCACAACAACCGUGGAGUUUAUCCUAGACAAGAGGCCAGGUGGUGUCCCAAAUAUCGCAGUAAACAUCUCGGCCCGUGCAUCACCAACCCUACUCCUGUAAAAUGCUUUAAGUGCCAAAAGACAGGCCACACACGAAAUGAUUGUCCGAUCAAAGGACCCAUCUGUUUUGGAUGCGGAGAGUCGGGUCAUUUCAAGAAUGAUUGCCUAAAGUUAAAGGCGGGAGGGGGUCAGGGAAGAAAGGAAAAUACAUCGAAAGCAACCGGUCGAGCUUUCCAGAUGACUGCUGAAGAAGCUAAGGCAUCGACGGAUGUAGUGUCGGGUACGUUCCUUGUUAACUCUGUACCUGCACACGUACUUUUUGAUUCAGGUGUUUCAUGUUCUUUUAUGUCCACUACGUUCCAUCAACUUUUGCAUACGCCCCCUAGUGCACUAGAAGAUGCUUUGAUCAUAGAGAUAGCAAAUGGUAGUCAAGUUCUGAUGCGUGAGAUUAUUAGGAAUUGCGUGUCGAGAAUUGAGGGAAAGGAAUUUUGGGUAGAUCUCAUACCCAUGGCUAUAGGCGGAUUUGAUGUCAUAAUUGGGAUGGAUUGGUUGGCAGGGAACCAAGCGGAGAUCUUAUGCUCUAAAAAGUUGAUCUGA